CGCAAGAAACAGGAACCACCUCUUCACUAUUUAUACACGACCCCGCGGGCAGGGCAGACGCAGUUCAAUCCAGGUCCCCGAUCCAUCGACUCCAGCAACACCAACGCAGACGCGCGCCGACGCCUUCUGCUUCGAGUUCGAGAUGAGGUUCGUCGCCGCGUACCUGCUCGCCACCCUGGGCGGUAACCAGAGCCCGACCAAGGACGACGUGCGCGCCAUCCUCGGCUCCGUGGGCGCCGAGGUGGAGGAGGGCAAGCUCGACGCCCUCUUCAAGGAGGUGGAGGGCAAGGACCUGGCCGAGCUCCUCGCCGCCGGCAGGGAGAAGUUCGCCUUCGCGCCCAGCGCCGGCGCCGCCAUGGGCGCGUCCCCCGCUGCCGCAGCCGGUGACGCUGCCGCCGAGGAGAAGAAGGACAAGGCCCAGGAGAAGAAGGAAGAGGAGGAGGAGGAAGAGGACCUCGACAUGUUCAGCCUCUUCGACUGAACGACCAUCGAUCUGCACCGACACCGCCCGGCUCUUUACCUUAGUUAUAUGUGUAUCCGUAAUCUGAUGUGCUUUUUUUAGGGACGUAGUCUGCUGUACUUUGUGUAGUAUUUUUUUGUUUAGGGCGUAAUCUGCUGUAAUUCGUUAUCUGUGUAUUGGGAGAUUUUAGAUGUUGAGAUUGAAAAUAUAACCGUGUCCUGAUGGAA